CGAUGCCGCUGGGGUUACUCCAACCCCCAGAACUCAGCUAUUUUAGGGAAUCCUCUUUGGGUGGAAGUGUCAAAUUGUAGAAAAAUGACAGCAAAAUCUAUACCUGAAUCGUCCCCUGACCUCGACUGGAUAAAAUUGAGGGAAGAGAUGGACCAUGGGAUUUCAGAUGAAACUAUGACCGAAAAAAUAAUAAGAAAGUGUAAACUUCAACCACUCGUACCUAUCGGUUGUUUGGCAACAACGACAGCUCUGGGAUUUGGAUUCUGGACGUUAAAAACAGGCGAUAGAUUAAUGUCCCAGUAUAUGAUGCGAGCACGUGUGGUAGCCCAAGGAUUUACUAUUCUAGUUGCUGCUAUUGGGAUGAUAGCAGCUUCAAAAACCUCACAAUCCGAAUAAAAUUCGUGCAAAAGAUAAUUAUAUUUUUUGUGAAUGGGAAUCACACCCAUUCUAGGAUUCCCUGUAAAUACUAGAUAAAUGUAUCACAUACAUUAAUAGAAUUGAGUAAGUGAUAACAAACACCAGGGGAGUAAUGGUUAUUAUAUUUAUUAUAACACA